AUGCUUAGGGACAGUGUUCUUCCUCCAGCUGAGUCUGCAACAUUUAUUUCAGAACAUGCUAAACAAGUUGAAAUUCAUUAUAAAGGCAUCAACAAAUUGUGUGAGCAGAUGAUUUCGUCAAUUUCUGGUAAGAAACUCAUAAUACCUGAAAUAGAAGCAAGUUCAACUCAACCCUUAUUAGGUCACACGCAAGCAGUGGACUGGAUAUUUGUCACUGAUACACUGAAUUUUUGUUUUUGGUCUCUUGGUGAGGAUAAAAAAUGGACAGUUGAUGGUCACACUGGAUAUUGCGCUUUGGAAGCCGCACUGCAUAAAGCUGUUAAGAAUGGAUAUAAUAUUACAAGUCCAAAAUAUUACUCUCAAAUGCCUAGAGAUAAAAUAAUAGAAGUUUUCAAAGGUGACACAGAAGAACAGAUACCACUCAUUGAAGAGAGAAUAUCUGUUCUGCAUGAGGUUGGAACUAUACUUGUAGAUAAAUUCCAGGGUACUUUUGAAACUUGCGUAAAAGAAGCAAAUAAGUCUGCCAUAAAUCUACUGAAGAUUGUAAUUGAAAACUUUCCUUGUUUUCGAGAUGAAGCAGUCUACAAAGGAGAAAAUGUAUCAUUUUAUAAAAGGGCACAGAUUCUUGUUGCAGACUUGUGGAAUUUAUUUCAAGGAAAAGGAUGGGGAGAGUUUUAUGAUAUAGAUAAGAUUACAAUGUUUGCUGAUUAUAGAGUACCCCAAGUAUUAGUUUAUUUUGGUGUAUUGAACUACAGUGAUAAUCUAAUGAAAAAACUAAAAAAUAAUGUAUUAAUUGAAAAUGGCACAGAGGAGGAAAUAGAGAUUAGAGGAUGUUCAAUACACUCUGUUGAGCUUUUAAAGAUAAAAUUGCAAGAUAAAAUAAAAGAAGAACAAAUAGAUGUUGACGUUAUAAAUUCAGCAUUAAUUGACUACUAUCUGUGGUGUUAUAGACGUAAACAUGCUCAUGAAAUAGCAAAGCUUCCUUUCCACAAGACAUUGUGUAUUUAUUAUUAA